AGUUUUAGUUUUCUUUUGGUUGAGUAUUUGAGAGGCUGCCAACGGACCAUGAAUUCGAAAGAGCGAGAGAGCAUCAACACGUUGCGCAUUUUGUGCGCUGAUAUGGUGCAGAAGGCGAACAGUGGACACCCCGGGGCGCCGAUGGGUUUGGCCCCCAUAGCGUACGUGCUGUUCGCCGAGGUGAUGAAGUACAACCCGAAGAACCCGGAGUGGCAAAACAGAGACCGUUUUGUGUUAUCGAAUGGACACGCGUGUGCAUUGCAAUAUGCGUGUAUGCACCUAACUGGGAACGAGUUUUGGAGCAUGGACGUGUUGAAGAGCUUUCGCCAGUUGGACUCGCCGGCGUGCGGGCACCCCGAGAGCGAGAACCCGGGCAUCGAGAUGACGACGGGCCCGCUGGGUCAGGGGGUGGCCAACGGCGUUGGGCUGGCGAUGGCCGAGAGACAUUUGUCCGCGGUGUACAACAGGCCCGGACACACCAUCGUGGACAAUUACACCUACGUCGUUUGCGGCGACGGGUGCAUGCAGGAGGGCGUGGCGUCCGAGGCGAGCUCUCUGGCCGGGCACUUGGGCCUGGGAAAGCUGAUUCUGAUCUACGACCAGAACUACGUGACGAUCGACGGUCACACGGACCUGUCCUUCACGGAAGACGUCAUGAAGAGGUACGAGAGCUACGGGUGGCACACGCAGUACGUGGACGACGGAGACGAGGACCUGGACAAAUUUCGAAAGGCAAUUCAAGUCGCAAGAGAGACGAGCGACAAGCCAUCGCUCAUCGCGGUCAAAACCACGAUAGGGUACGGGUCCUCGAAGCGCGGCACCGAGAAGGUGCACGGCUCGCCCCUAGGGGAGGAGGAAUUGAAGAACGUGAAGAAAAAAUUCGGAAUGGAUCCGGAAAAAUACUUCGCAGUACCAAACCACGUGUACGAGGCGUGGGACCGCACGGAGCAAGGGAGGGAUUGCGAGCAAAAAUGGAACGAGGCGUUCGAGUCGUACCGCAAGGCGCAUCCGGAUCUCGCCGAGGAAUUCGAAAGGCGAAUGUCGAAGAAGCUGCCAGACGGCUGGGAAAAAGUCUUGCCAACAGACUACAAAGUGGGCGGUCCCUCCGUCUCAACGAGAAAGGCCAGCGGGGAUUGCAUCAACGCCUUGAGCAAGGUCCUGCCCGAAAUAUUUGGCGGUUCUGCCGAUUUAAACCCAUCAACCUUCACCUACUUGAAAGACUACGCUCCUUUCCAAAAAAACAGCCCAGAAGGAAGAAACGUUCACUUCGGUGUUCGCGAACAUGCCAUGAUGUCCAUUCUGAACGGACUCGCCACCUAUAACGGAAUCAUCCCAUACGGAUCGACCUUCCUAAACUUCCUCGGAUACUGCCUCCCCCCACUGACUCUGUCCGCGGAAUCCCACAUCCGCACCCUCCACAUAUUCACCCACGACUCCAUAGGCCUGGGAGAAGAUGGGCCCACCCACCAACCUGUCGAAAAAUUCAUGAUUUGUCGCAUGACACCCCAUCUUGUGUUCAUUCGACCCUCCGACGGUACAGAAACCACCGCCGCAUACAUCGCCGCCAUUCGGCGUACAGACAGGCCAGUCGCCUUCGCCCUGUCUCGCCAGAACCUGCCUCAAAACCAAGGCUCCUCCAUUGACGGCCUCCUUCACGGCGCGUACGCGCUCAACGACGUGUCUUCUCCUCAACUCAUCCUCGUCGCCACCGGCUCCGAAGUUGAAAUCGCCCUCAAAGCCGUCAACCACCUUCAAGACACUCGCGUCCGCGUCGUCUCCUUCCCCUCUUGGGAACUCUUCGAAGACCAAGACCAAUCGUACCGUGAACACGUGUUCCCACCAAACGUCCCCGUCCUGUCCAUAGAAGCCGGCACGCCCAUCGGGUGGGAGCGAUAUGCUCACGCCUCUAUCGGCAUCAACCACUUCGGCGCCUCCGCCCCCUCCUCUAAACUCUACGAAAGAUUCGGAUUCACCCCAGAAAAUAUCGCCAACAAAGCCAAAUUGCUCCUUCAGCACUACUCCACUCGCCCCGUCCCCCACCUAGUCUCUAGACCCUUCUAACAUCCCCCCCCUUCUUCCGGUUUUUAUUUUUUUUUCCCCCCUAAAUAAAUGUACCAAAAACCAUCUCUGUACCCA